UAGACGUGACAGCCAACAUUUUUAUCGAGGAUUACAGUAGCGUGGCCGUGCCGAAAUAUAAACUGAAUGACACUGUACGGAUUAACAAAUAUCGAAAAACAUUUGAGAAGAGUUAUGAUGCUGGCUACACUAUCGAGAUAUUCUCUAUAGCUAAAGUUUUGGAAGGUUCACCAACAGUGUACAAACUUAAAGACUACAAUGGCGAUCUGAUAUCUGGCCUCUUUUACGAACAAGAGUUGACCCCAGCAUCCAACACGUCGGGACAGUAUUAUGUUGAAAAGAUUCUGAAACGUCGAACCCAUAACGGCGAAAAGCAAGUGUUUGUCAAAUGGAGUGGCUACCCUGAUAGUUUUAAUGAAUGGAUUUCAGCAGACAAUUUGUUAGAUUAA